CAAAAAUGAGGUUUUCUACAGUUUUAAAAUAAAAUGGAAUUUUUUGCAGUUUUGGCAAAAAAACUGGAUUUUUAAAUCCAUUUUUGAGAGCUUGAAAAAAAAUUUAUCAUACUCCAAAAACUGAUAUUCCUUUCACACAAUUUCGCAGAGAAAAAGAACGAGAAGAAGGGACGGGAAAGGAGUAUCAUGAAAAAGUAUUCAUUUCUUAAAAUUUUAUUCCUUCCUUUUUGAAAGAUGCUACUCAUUUUUUUCAAACGAUUUUCGACCAAAAUAAUUUUUUUCAUCAUCUGAAAAUUUUAAAACUUGCAAAAUGUUCCCCAUCAGCUGAACUUGAGUUACGAUAACAAUAAAAAAAACGUAGAAAGUUCAAAGAUCAUUUUUUGGAUACUUUUCGCGAUUUUAGAGUAGGUAUUGGUCAGUUAUCGUUCACACGCACGAAUAAAAAAUUGAUUUCACACAUUCAAUGACUAUGACUCAUUAAUUCUAAUUUUGUUUCACUCAAACCGUCCCAAAUUAAUACGUAUCAACAUCUCAAUCCUUGUUCAACGAUUAAUCCGCCUAUUUAUUUAAUUACUUUCGACUAUACGAGAUAUCAGAGUCAGACAAACCAUCAGUACGCGUUUUUGACUGUGUUACCUUAACUUGAUGUUAAAGGAAGUGUUCAUUUCGUGAUAGUUUUCUGCGCGUUUCGCCAAAAUGGCAAAAUCACCGGGAACAAUGAAUCAAAUUCUUUCAAUUAUGACAGUGGCUUUGAACGAACUAACAAUCGGUAUCGCGCAUGGUUGGAUAGCGCCAACUUUAAAUUCUUUGCAAAGUCCUCGAGGCGAAUUUAACGUUACCAUAGAAGAAAGCUCGUGGUUAGCAUCGUUGGACGAUCUUGGUAAAAUCCCAGGAGCAGUUUUUGCCGCAGUUGUACUCGAUAUAGUCGGUAGAAAAAUAUUGCUGACGUCUUGUUCGUUGGUAUUCUUCGUAAUUUGGGUAGUUAUAAUUUUCACGAGAUCUGUUCCUGUAAUUUGCUCUAUGCGUUUAUUGAUCGGAUUCUUUUUCGGUAUCAAUGAUGGAACAAAUUCCACGUAUUUGGCCGAAAACAGCUCUCCGGCAAUUCGAGGACCAUUUGGUGCAUUAUGCAUAACUUUUUAUUACAUCGGGGUACUCGUUGGAUCUGCAACAGCUACCUAUUUCUCAUACACGACGACAUCGGUAAUAAAUGCUGCCAUCACGUUAUCAGCAUUAAUUUCAGUCUUAUGGAUAAAAGAACCGGUACAAUUUCUGCUCAUGAAAGGAAAGAUAACCAAAGCGGAGAAAAAUUUCAACUGGUUGCAUGGAAAUAAUACAGACAGCGAAUUUGAACGAAUCAAGCAAAACGUGCAGUCAGAAAACCUGAAGAAAUUAUCGUUCAAGAAAACCAUCACAUCUCCAGCCAAUUAUAAAAGUCUAUCAAUCAUAGUAACCAUUAAUGGUUUAGUUGGAUGCGUAGGAUACUAUCCAAUCAUGUGCUACGCCUCGAUAGCUUUCUCAGCUACAGAUAUGUUCACAUCUAACCAAUUAACUGUAUUAUUUGGCGUUAUUCAAACUCUAGUUGUAGCGUCUACAUCUUUAUUUAUCGGUCAUUUUAAUCGUCGAUCGUUGAUUUUAAUUUCAUUCUCGUUGAUCGCUUUCAGCCACGUAGUAACAAGCGGAUUAUAUUAUGUGAAUUCUUACAUGGUACAGAUUCCAUAUUUCCCUUGGUUGAUUUUCACAUCGAUUACAUUUUUCGCCAGUUUGUACGCUUUUGUGUAUCCGGCCAUUUUUCUGAUUCGAGGUGAAAUGUUCCCAUUGAGUAUAAAGGCUACUGGAGGGUGUUUUUCAGUCAUCGCGUAUUCUGCGACUAGUUUUCUAGGUGUCAAAGUGUUUUUGAAUAUUUCACAGUCGUAUGGAAUCGAAGUUAAUUUCUUGAUAUUUUUCGUGUUUUCGUUGAUUACCAUCAUUUUUACUUACUUUUUCUUACCAGAGACAAAAAACAAAACUUUGAUUGAAAUUCAAGAAAUGCUGGAAAGAUCUAAAUGA